GUUUGAAUCAGGGACUGCUAUGGCCAUGCGUUUCAGUUGCUUGGUGUUCUUGCUGCUCUGGUGGGAUGCUUCUACUGAAGAUGUGAUUCCCUGGUGCCUUCGUUCUGGUUCAUCCUGCCAUGGCAACAAGUGGACCAUGAAAAAUGUGGAGAACGUUUCUCACUACCUCCCGAAUGCUUCUCUUCUUGCACACCCAUUGCGGCUGGCAGACUGGGAUAUGGAUGGUGAUUUAGAUGUUGUGGUGUUGAUGGAAGAUGGCCUGUGGCUGUACAAGAUGAUAGAAAUUGGACAAAGUUUCUCUGGUCCAUUUGAGUUAAACAGCUCAACAUUAAAUGUGAAUGAAAACAGCUACUUAGAAGUGGCUGACUUCAAUGGAGACGGUUACCCAGAUGUCCUUAUAGCAGAGCAGCUUCCGAGCCCCCCUGACCGACAAGAUUGGUGCAAGGAAGAGGGGAAGAUCCGAUAUUUUGAGCAAUGGCCAAGCAGCCUAGGGAUGGAGCUGAACGAAAGAACAGGAUCUGAAAAUCCAUUCAAUCACAUUAAGAUCCCAUGUUCAGACCAAUACACUAAUCUUCAGCUUGUGGAUUGGAAUGCAGAUGGAGCCCUUGAUUUGUUUGUUUACAGCCCUCACACAAUGGCUGCAUUCCUUCCUUCCGGCGCUCCCAGCAGCAUCAAAGUGCUAUAUUUUGAAAGUCAAGACGGGGACUUGGUGGAGGCAACGAACAGGUACUUCAAGGAUUUGGAUUUCAGCAUUGCCAAAGAGGGUUAUGUGAAGGAAGUUCGACUGGCUGAUUGGGAUGGAGAUGGGGACCAGGAUAUGCUUCUUUUAUGCAAACAAUGCAAGCACUCUUCAUGUAAAAUUAUUCUAAGUUACAUCGAGCAACUUGCGGAUGGCAGCUUAGUGCUCAUGCCAGAUGGUUGGCAACAUAUUUCUUUACAGCAUGAUGCUCGGCUCUUGCAGAUGGUUGACUGGAACAGGGACAACAUCUCUGAUUUGGUGGUUUCAGAUCGAAUCUUUCAAAGGAACCCAUCAGCAGCAGCAAGCUUCACUCGCCGUAAAGGUGCUCAGAACCCUUUUGGAGGCCUUGCUUUUUCAUCUGGCGAACCACACCUGGUUGAUUGGGACGGUGAUGGUGACCUCGAUUUGCUGGUGGUUGAAAGAUACAAUGUGACCCAUCCGAAGAUUCGCAUUUUUGAACUUCUCGACACUGGGGAGCUUGUGGAAAUGACCAUCAAAUAUGACCAUAUACCCCUGGUGACGUCCUAUGGUCCGAGUGGCCUACAAUUCUUCGAUUGGAACAACGAUGGCGAUGUAGACUUGGCAGUCUUAACUCCAAAUGGUGUUCUCGAUUUCUUUGACAACCACAACGGGGUUCUGAGUGAGCGGCCACAUCUUUCCAUGCGAAUCUCAGGAGUUCCGGACACUGCCAUGCUCUCAAUAUCAACCAUUUUCCACAUGGGGGAUUGGGAUGGUGAUGGCGAUUUCGAUGUGAUACUAGGCCCUGUGACGAGUCGCUUCCAUGCUUAUUCAGAAACUGAUUCAUAUACAACGGGAUAUUACCUGGAACAGGUGAACGGGACUCUGAUCUAUCGGCCAGACCAUCCUCUGGUUACAGCUUUUGCAUCUGUUGGGAAGGAGCGGGACUUAUCCUGGAAGAUUUUGGAUUGUGACGGUGAUGGAAACCUUGACAUCAUCAGAUUCCAAAUGCGACCAACUUUCCCCCUUCGUUUCGUUCCGACUGAUAUUGAUAUUCCGGAGUCUGAUUCGCUGGAGGUGAAUUUUCUUACAGGUCCAUUUGUCGGAUCAUGUUCCCAGCAGAAAGGGAAACUCAAGUGCGACAACUCCUGUUUUAAAGGUCCUGCUGCAUAUACUCGUUUGGAAGUUGGAGAGCAUGGCCAUCUUACAGCGGGUGAUUGGGAUGGAGAUGGUGAUUUGGACAUCCUUGGAAUCGCAGCUGGUCACAACAGCCCAUUGAUCUUUUUUGAUCAAAACUAUUGUUUGCCUCCCACACCUUGCAGCGGAAUAGGAAGAUGCAUGGCAUCCGGGAGGUGUGCUUGUGGCAAAGAACGGGACUUGGAAGAUUGUUCAGGUUGCAGUGCCUCGCACUACACAGUUUCAAAGACACCAGGCCUCAGCCUGGUCCAUCGUUGUGCCCCUUGUCCCAUGAACAACAACCAAGUAUGUGCUGGUAGAGGGGUGUGCGUUGAUGACAUCUAUGCCAGGGCUGUUGGUAAUUCCUGGGACCUUGGGAACGGAUCCUGCGUUUGCGCUGCAGCAUCUUUCCAUGGGACUGACCAGUUUUUUAGACAAACUUGUGCUGAAGGCACUUGCCCGGGUGGUUUUCAGGAGGUACACAUGCCAGCUGAGCGUUUGAAACACCCUAAGAUCAAGACUUGCUUGGCAUGUCAGGUUUGCAAUCCUGGGACGUCUGCUCCUGCUGGUGGGCGGUGUGAAAGCUGUCAUCCGGGCAACUUUUCGACCGAGGGGAGUGAUUUUUGCCGUCCAUGUCCUGCAGGCACAGAGUCACAAACUGUGGGUGCCAUUGAGUGCAAUUCGUGUCCAGCUGGUACUUUUGCACCGCUCGGAAGUGCAGUGUGUCAGAUCUGCCCGGAAGGUGCCAUCUCAGGCAGUGGCAGUGCAACAUGUGAACCUUGCAAUUCUCAGAGUAUUUUCUGGGUACAUACCGACAGUGAGAAUUUGAGUUGCAUCCGACCUUCCGAACAAUAUUUGAUACUGCUACUUUUCUUUGCAUCUUCAUCGGUUUGCUGCUUCUUUGUGGCCACGGCUUUAGCAUAUCGAAUUGCCGUUUCCGACAUUUCUACACAGAACGACGGUGCAGUGGUAACAACCCAUGGGGCUCACCGGGUGUUGCAAGCUUCUAGUGUCACAUUGGUCCAGGCCAAAGCCACCCAUGUUCCUGAUUUGUCGACUCCUUGCUCUGCUGAGUUCAUCAGUGAUGAACGCCUCAAGCUCUACAGAGAUUUGGAAGUCGGUGAUGCCAUCAAAUCUGCUGAGUCGUCUGUGGGUUGGUUGGUCCUUGGUGUGGGCACAGCAUUGCGGCAAACUGGCUACCUCCAGGUGCCGCUCAUGAUCUGGAUUACCGCUUCCCUCGUGUCAGCCAUCCUUUCUGCAGCUACUGGUUUGUUGACUUCCGCAACGAUCGGACUGGCGCUAUUCUUUGCGGUUGUCUCUGUGGCAACCCAGCAGCUAUGGCAUCAGUAUGUUGGCGCGCAAACGCCCAUUUCCAAAAGCCGGCUGGUGUUUCUGAAGAAGAUCCAAACCGCCGAAAAGUUAGUGGACCGUGGAGCAGCACGUGGCGUUGGCUACCCUGAGCUUCUUUCAUUUUACGAGUUCUUUCAAAGUUUUAUCAAGCACCGCUCCAUGUACUACGUCUCAUCGAACCUGGUGGUGCCCCUGACGGAGAAAAACAAAGUCUCCUUUUCCGAGUUAGUUGGGCCAAAGCUUUUGACCUGGUUUGUAAGCCAUUUCUGGGGAAUGGCCGUGCCACACUUCAUGGAGUCCAUUCAACACCAUGCAAUGCAAGUUGCAGAUCAAGAUCGGUUGUCCUAUUGGGUGUGCACUUUCAGCAUUCGCCAACAUGGCGAAAGCGUGGUGCAAGAAGAAGUGGGGCAUGGAGUUAUUGAACAAAGCUCAUUCUAUUAUGCUAUGUGGGAUGCAAAUUGUUGCGGAACAGCAUUGGUCUUAGAUUCCAAAGUGCGAACCUUGCGAAGAAUUUGGUGUUUGUUUGAAGUCUUCCAAACAUUCCGCCACGAAAAGGAACAAAGUGAGUGUGCAAAAACUGCAGAGAGUGCUCUCUGCAAACCUUUUGAAGGCCUUUUGCUUUGCACUUCCACCGGUGUCCUUUCAAAGGGCGCUGGUGGGACAGAUGUGUGCAUGGCCAUAGCUAAGAAGCUAGCGAGCAUAGACUUGCAAGCAGCUGAAUCUAGUAAAGACCAAGACAAGACUUUGAUUUUUGAUCUCAUUGAAAGGUCUGGCGGCUUUGCUCCAAUGAAUGCCUGUGUACAGAAAUCCAUCCGCCAAGCGUUGCUCAAGGUGCACAGCCGCUUUGAGCGCGAUUUUUCAGAGCUAGUGGACACCUUAAACACAAGCGCCCCAUCUGCUUCAAGCGGUGGCGCUCGUUCUUCAAAUGGCUGUAGUCGCAUUCUUUCAAUUUAACGUGUUUUCCGGAUAAAUGUAACGAUCUCACGGAUUUGAACUUUGAAUUUGAUGAGAGGUCAUUUUUCUCAAACCAGGGCCAAAUUUUCCAGCCAUGUUGACUGUUUACAAUGAACUUCUCUGAGUAAGCUUUUUCUUUAACGUUGCGUGGCAACAGCAUGUGGAACAAACGGCUCACGAGAGCCAUAGUUGACGCCAAAAGCGCGGACGCAGGAAAGAUGUGUGAGAACCUUUUCCUUGAGCUGUGGUUGGCGCAAUGCUGUUUGGCUUAUCUGUAGCAAGAAUCUUGCUCGUAACAUUAAGGCUUGC